AUGGCGUCUACCAUUGUGGCUGCCGCCGUCGACAGAAAUGCUGCGAUGGCUUCAGAUGCGCCGCUUGCUCCAGUUACUUUGGAGCGCCCUGUGCGCACCGACUUGGAAACUACAAUUCCAAAGCCUUACCUUAGAAUGAGACUUUUCCAGCCAUGGUAUCCUACAUCUACAAGGGACGGUCGAGAGGAGCGUGUCAUCAAUGUCGAAAAUCCACGCGUCAGCCCCAUCUUUUUUCAGACCGCAGUUUGUACUAAGAUAAACCGUGCACUCGUCGAUUGUCCGUUCCGAGUCAACCUUGUACUGAGUCGAGCUCAUGUAUUUGCCAAUGUACUCGACGCAUUCCUCAGGGACAACCUCGAAAUCGCGAAUGUUGUGCAGCUCCACAUUAAUUCUCCAGCUCUCACAAUAGUUCUUCAGUGUGAUUUGGAGGCCACUUUUGGCUAUCCUCUGGUUCAUAAUAUUGUUUCACAUUGUUUACUCAGGAAAAGAAUAUCGAUGCCAGCUAACGGCUAG